CAGACGACGGGCGGCCGGCGGCGGUCGUCUGCUCGGCUUUCGCUUAAAAAAAGGUUGCGACAGCGCGUCGGCUGCUCGGCCACGUCUGCUUUCGCGUUCAACCGCGCUCCUUUCGUCGUCGGCGUCAACCGCUUCUCCGCAGCGGACACACACACAUCUGGUGCACCCCUGUGCGACGAGCUACUAUGGCCUUUCACUUUCAGAAACUGUUACUCAGGUUGAUCUUUCACCGCAUCUCCUGACCGCUCGGUACGCCGCGCUCAGUUCCCUGUGCUUCUCUCGCAUUUCUUUGCUUCCUCGCCAUCUGCUCCCUCAUCACCGUCUGCUCCGUCGCCUGUCUGUGUUGACGGACAACUCGCUAGGCCUCUUGCAGCAGACGACGACAGCUGUGAGCAACAGGUGUAGCCCUGCCGACGAACGCCGUCGUCGACUCGACGGCUGCCCGCGGUUCUUGUCGCUUUCCUUCGCUACCGAAGAAGAAGAAGCUGGAUGGACCGUAACCUCGAGAUCGGAGGCGGAGAAAUGAUGAUGGUGACGGACACGCAAAAGCUCGUCCUUCCCCAGAGCACGGAAAGCCUGGUAAAGCCUAUCGGCUACACCAGCGGCGGUGGUGGCAAUGGCAAGUCGGCGCACUACAAGCGCCUGAUGGGGAUGCGACGGAGCAACUUCCUUCUCGUGCUGCUCGUGCUCAUGCAAAUGAGCUACUUGUGCUUCGGCGCGUUCAUGUUCUGCAGCUUUGAAGGACCGGGAGAACAGGAACUGAGGCGGCACCUCAAGAUGUUCCGCGCCGCCUUUCUGAGGAACUUCUCCUGCCUCAACGAUGAGGCCCUGGAGAGCUUCAUCGUGGAGAUCGUGCGCGCCCACGAGAACCGGGUGUCGCCCGUCAAGAACGUCACCUCGGACCCGAACUGGAGUUUCGGACACUCGUUCUUCUUCUCGAGCACCAUCAUUACCACCAUCGGCUAUGGCAACAUCACCCCGCUGUCUACGGGUGGCAAGAUCUUCUGCAUCGUGUACGGGCUGAUUGGCAUCCCGCUGACGCUGAUCCUGCUGUCGGCGUUCGUCGAGCGACUCCUAAUCCCCGUCACCUACAUACUGCAGUUCCUCAACUCGCGCCUCGGGCACCUCUACCAGGCAUUCAACAUCCGCGUCCUCCACCUCUUCAUUGUCGGUCUGUUGGUGGUGGUCUUCUUCUUCCUGGUGCCUGCGGCCAUCUUCUCAUCCCUGGAGCCAGAAUGGGACUACGUGGACUCACUCUACUACUGUUUCAUAUCCCUCACAACCAUUGGUCUUGGCGAUUUCACACCCGGAGACAGCUAUGAGCAGCCCUACAGGCCUCUUUACAAGGUGGCUGUUGUAGGAUACCUGCUGGUGGGCCUGACAGCCAUGAUGCUCCUGCUCAACGUGCUCUACGACAUUCCGCAGCUGAACGUGGGCGUCUUCUUUCUGCUCAAGAGCGACGAGAUGACCAAUGACCCCGAGAAAGUGCGGCUGCACCACGGCCUCGGACCCAAGUACACGCAGCAGAUCGACGAACCUCCGCCACCACAGUUUUACACGGAGGGAAGAAUAAAGAGGACAGGCGUGUGAGCGUCGUGGUCUCAGCCUCACUGCGUGAAAGGACUUGCCAAGUUGAGGGAGAAAUUCUGCGAGAUUAAUGUGAUUUAGAGCAAUGAAAUAGAAAUGUACAAAAUAAAUACUGUGAGUGGAAUACUUAAAAUGUAUUCAGCAACAACAGUCUUAAGGGACAGUAAAGGAAGACUAGGACACUGGUGGCUCACACCUUCGAAGCUGCAAACAUGUACUGCCUUCUAAGAGCAGCAAGUUGGUUUGCCGGGAAAUGAGGCCAAUGCAGAGUGUGCUUGGCAACACCAAGCACGAGCGCUUAUAGGAAAAAACAUGACGUACAAUGGAGCGCGUAGUUCUCAUGACACCAAGGCUAAUUGUUGGUUAGAGAAACAAACUUGUGAUGCUGCAAGUUAAAGUAAAUGUAAAUUGAAUCUUGCAAAUUCUGUUUGUAUUUAUAGAAAAGUCCGUCAUAUCUAUGUAAACUGUGAAAUCUGUGAUUUUGUGCUUGUUGACGCAGGCACUGUGGCUUGGGUGAGCAAGAAGUGGGAAGUUACCAAGUCAAUCUUUAUAUGAAAUUCUCUUUAACGAGGAAUUGAUCAUUUAAUAAACCCAAAGCGAUGUUAAGACUGACAACAGUAGUCUACCAGUUAAGCCUGAUGUACUGUUUGCCGCUUAAUGUUGCUUUAAAAUGGUUCUGUAGGGUUCACGACGCAGCCAAGCUUGGCCCGAGAACUUUCAGGGUUAACCGAAGAACUGUCGUCUAUGCUAUAAAUGCCUUAUAACAACCACGAGAUUUAGGACAUGACAAAGGCAGGACUCUUACGUUUUACCAUUGUAUGUACUCGAUGCCUGCUGUGGUUCUGUUGUCAGAGCUGGCAUCUUAAAAUAAAUGCUGCAUGCUUGCCCUUCAAUUUCAAGGCAAAACGGAUUUUUCCUUUUCUUGUGCUUCCGCUGCACAUUACAUAGCAGCUUUCCUGCCUCGCCAGGCAUAAACACUCACUGACAAGAAGGACGUGAGAGCAUUUCUCAGCAGUAAGGCCUGACUAAAGCGAUGCAAAAUCGCUGCAGAACUUAGGGCUACAUUAUUGUCUGUUUUCUUUAAGGCCCCUUGUCACGCAGCAGUAGUUAAAUGUGAAUUCCUGUCAAGUUGACAUGUUUUGAGUGCCGCUUACUCGAGCUGGCUCAGACAAGUCGCGGACGUGGCUUGCCUAGUGCAGCUUAUAAGCUCUUUAGUCAGAUAGACCACAGCACUGGACGUGUUCAUGUUCAGACACAAGGACACACCGAUUGUUUUUUUUCUUGCGGAUUUACUUCUGCUAUAUGAGUGGGGUAUCACUUGUGCCGUGUAUAUCAAACGUGUUUGUGACUCAAGAUAUAUACCCUGUGAUUGUUUGCGCAGUGUGAAUUGCGGCCAUCUUCCCUCUCCUUGUGCUUGCCGUGUCGCCACUGGAAACAGAUCUGCCAUCACUCUGUGUUUGAAUGGUUGUGUGUCGUGUGUAACUGUUCUUUUUUCUUGAUGUUGGUGCACUAACUUCAUCAAAAGGUUGCCUAUCCUCCAAACCAUCAGCUGUGUCAUACAACUCGCUACCUUGGUUGAUGUCCCUCUGUUUCAGUCAACUGCAUCGGUGUACAUUGAAGCAGACAAGGGCACUAGGCAGUUCUACAUUGGGCUACACACUAUGGCGAACGUACAGAAUGGAGCGAUAUGAACACAAUCUGAAACCUUGUCAAGUAAACUAAGAAAGUGGCCUUCUUUUUUUUUUCUCUGUGAAGCCAUUGUGUUGAAGGAAUUGGAAAGCAAGCUUUAAGUGUUGGUUCACUAUAGUUCCAUUAAACCUGAAACAUUUGCUCUCAGUAUCGCUCCAUACUGCACGUACGCCUAGCGGGUCGCUUAUUCUGUUGUUAAGGAAGCUCAAUGUACGAAUGCCACAGUAGCAAAAAACUGAAGUGAAUUCAAGAGACCCACAUGGCUUAUCUUCCACAUGGGCAGUCUCAUUAUCAACUACUUGCAGACCCUCAUUCACAUACAUUAUUACAUUAUUUUUUGGAACACUUGCAAACAAUACUGACAUGCCUCUGUUAUCUAAAAUGCCAAACACUACAACAAAAUCUUUCCAAUGUACAUAGCUUGUAAGCUCCAGUAUGAACACCCUAUUAUUUGUGUAAAUUGUUUACAUGUCUCACCUGAACUUUAAACCAAUGUGGUGUUUCCGCAAGGAUUCACUGUUGAACUCACUGGUUCGUGAUCAGAUGGAAACAGCGCAACCAAGUGAGACGAGACAAGAAGCUCUGUCUUGUCUUGUCUUGUUCCGUCUUGUCUUCUCAUUUGGUAGAGCCGUUUUGAUAUGUUCUGUUCGAUAAAUAUCAGUCUGGAGGCCUUCACACGAUUUGAAGCUUCCUGACAAUAGGAAUUAUAAGAGCAUAUUGUAAACUUUGGAAAAGAUGUGGCAUUCAUAAUGUUGGAGCCACAUGAGAGAAUCUUGAAUGACAAACCAUUGUCACACCUGCAAGUGAGGAGAAACUAAUUGUGCAGGCUAUUAUGCCAGUUUGUAGAGGAACCAAAAGAAUAGUUCAUUUAGUAAGUAACCCCGGAGUCACUUGCAGCAAGUCUUAUUUCUGAAGGGUGAUGAAUCGCUGGUAGAAACUUGCCUCUCAACAGCCUUCAGAGGUAACCUGUACCUUGAAACUGUUUGAUCUGGCAAGACUAAAUUGUGUGUACCACAGCAAAAGCUUCUGUUCCUCCGCGCCUUAAACUCAAAAUAAGAUUUGUGCAACUCUCUUUCGUUUAGAUUGCCACUUUCAGUGUGGCCAUUGCAUUGCACAACUCCUGAGUAUCUGUCACAAUUUUACGUAUGUAGUAGCAGUAGCAGCUAUCAUAUCAUGUAGGUUUGACGUUGCAGCAUCAAAGAGCCUCAACAUGCUGUCUGGCUGUUUAAAUCUUUAUGCAAGAGUGCAGCCAAAUGAGAACUUUUUUUUUCCGCUUCAGUCAAAGACUGCCAUUCCUAAACUGCGACUCACGAUGAUCGAAGGUCACUUGUAAAAAUAAAUUGCCCUACUGGUAGCCCCAAACAAAACUGCUGUGGGACAGGUACACUUGUAAUUGUUUAAAAACUGUUUCGAAAUAAUUUAAUAAGACACUCGCUCGAUUCAGCUGCACUCGUUGUGAUAGCUUACCCAGCAGAUCUGCUGGAUAAUGCCAUAGUUUUCCCCACUUUACUUUCAAGCUUUUUGUACCAAAGUUACCUUUGAGCUUCGUCAGUGUUAGCUGCAGCACUCUUUGUUAUAUAUUUAUCCCCAGUGCCAUUUGUUGUGAAACCAGCAUAUCAAUCUGUAACGUUGUGAUAGUGACACCCAUGAUGCAUUCGUGCAGUGGCUAGGACAAAUGCACUCACCUCUAGAAUAUCUCAACAAUCUUCUUGUUCUGGACACGCUAUAUCUUUGUUACCUUUACACGCUUUCUUCACUGUUUGGACAAAGACUGUACUAAAGAAAAAAAGUGCAAGCUCGCCUUGAAUGAAGGUGCACCUCGAUUUCAGUAACUAAUAUGUCUAAUGUGAACCUUAACACGCUUGUCUAGUGUCGUGCACAUUGUUUAGGAAUCUUAAAACUCUGAGAGCACCAUUGAGUGGCUGCUGACAAAAGGUCGGUACAGAUAUACAUUGUUUGCUCAAAGAAGCAUGUGGUUCUGGUGGCCAGGCACACACAGAGAUGCGCUUAUGUCUGUCUGCUUCAAGAUGCAUAUAGCAAAGAAGCUAAACCUCGAUAUAAUAAAGUAUCGGUUAUAACGAACUAUUGGUUAUAAUGAAACAAAAUAAAACGGCCCUGCUAUUAAAACGGCGUUAUGAUUAUCAUAUAAACAAAUUUUAUGAUAUAAUGAAGCUAUUUUAGAGCCAGAUGGACUUUGUUAUAUCGAGGUUUGUGUGUGAUGCUGCUGUCUCUUCGAACGCUUUUCAAGUGAGACGGAAAGUGUGUGCUGCUUGUUGUUCCCACCAUCCCUUUAGCAUGGACUCAGCAUUACCCUAAUUGGCACUCGCGCUAUGUGUUCGAACACCACUGUGUGCCAAACACGCAUUUCAGGUCUGCAAUUACCUAGUUCUUUUUCUUUUUUGCUCGAGAAACAAUACAACUGCUAGGCUGCGCUUUUAUGCACCUGACCAUAACAGUCCCGCGUCCAAGAUUCAACGACACUUCACAUGUGAUACUUCAUAUUGAAAUAUACAUAUAUAUAUAAAAAGAUAUUAUAUACAUAUUAUACAUAAAUAUAUACAUAACUAUAAAUGUGUCUAUAUGUACAUAUAAGCAUUCAUUGUGGUUGUUGUGUGCAAUGGUGGCUUACAAGCCAAGCCUGUUUGCUUCUAUAUAGGACUUUGUAACUGUUAUGGGACUGAGUGAAAAGAAAAAAGAGCUGAAUAAAGAUGGAAAUGUU